CCUCCACCUCCCCUCCGGCCGCGCCCUGUCCGCCUACCUGGUCGCCUCUCCGGGUCCUUGGGGACUCGGGUCUCUAAGCGCUUCGUCUCGGCGCCUCUCGCCUUGUCUCUCUCUGGUCUCUGCUUACCCCCGCCUCUCUCGGUCUCUGUCUCUCUAGAGCUCAGUCCUGUCUUCGCCCGCGUCUCCUCUCGCCGGCCUUCCUUCCGUGGCCCGGGGCGGCGGGGCCGGCGCCCGGCGCGAUGAGCGGCGCCUGCACGAGCUACGUGAGCGCCGAGCUGGAGGAGGUGCGCGGCUUCAGCUGCCCGCGGCCGGGGGGCGAGGCGGCCGCCGUCUUCUGCUGCGGCUUCCGCGACCACAAGUACUGCUGCGACGACCCGCACAGCUUCUUCCCCUACGAGCACAGCUACAUGUGGUGGCUCAGUAUUGGCGCUCUUGUGGGCCUGUCCAUAGCAGCGGUGGUCCUCCUGGCCUUCGUUGUCACCGCCUGUGUGCUCUGUUACCUGUUCAUCAGCUCGAAGCCUCACACAAAGUUGGACCCAGGUUUAAGCUUACAGACUACAGCUUGCUGUUUUCCAGAACCCGAGGAAAUGUCCCCUGACUGCCAAGAUGGGAAUACAGGCAAGUUGGUGGAGAUACCAGGAGUGAAUUCUCUAAGGCAGAGUCACCCCUUCCUGAACUCACGGCUGGACUGCAAUGAGGAGCAGGCGAUGGACCCCAAACACCUCUUCCAGUACUGCUUCAUGGCCACAGUGACUACCAGUGACAUUCCAGGCAGCCCUGAGGAGGCCCUUGUCCCCAAUCUAAUCGCACACGGACCAGACCCAUAGACAUCCAAUAAACUUCUCUACACCAUC